CGAGGGCCACCGGGAGAGCCCGGCCCGCGAGGGCCCCCCGGUCCCCCAGGAGUGCCGGGAGCGGAUGGCGUCGAUGGUGUCAAGGGGGAUCCUGGAGCCCCUGGUCCAGAUGGGCCCCCAGGGAAGCCGGGCAUCGAUGGACUUCCAGGCCAGGUUGGGCUGCCCGGAGAGAUCGGAGCACUGGGACCCAAGGGUGACCCUGGACCCGACGGCCCGCGGGGUCCCCCAGGUCCUCCAGGGAAACCCGGCCCCCCAGGUCACAUCCAAGGAGUGGAGGAAGGCAGUGCUGAUUUCUUGUGCCCAACCAGCUGCCCCCCAGGUCCUAAAGGCCCCCAGGGACUGCAGGGACUGAAGGGACACAGAGGCCGCCCCGGUGCCCUUGGGGAGCCCGGCAGGCAGGGCGGGCAGGGCCCCAAGGGUGAUGUUGGUGUCUCUGGAGAACAAGGCAUCCCAGGCCCCCCGGGACCACAGGGCUUGAGGGGUUACCCUGGCAUGGCAGGACCCAAGGGCGAGGCGGGUCCUGCUGGAUACAAGGGGAUGGUCGGGACCAUCGGCGCGGCUGGGCGGCCGGGCAGGGAAGGCCCCAAAGGACCACCCGGGGACCCUGGCGAGAAGGGGGAGCUGGGUGGCCGUGGAAUCAGGGGCCCCCAAGGAGACAUCGGUCCCAAGGGGGAGAAUGGUCUCCCAGGCAUCGAUGGCAAAGACGGGACCCCGGGGAUCCCAGGAGUGAAGGGCAGCACGGGACAGGCCGGACGCCCAGGAAUACCGGGACACCGGGGACAAGCUGGCUUGCCAGGCCAGCCGGGAAGCAAAGGUGGCCCAGGAGACAAGGGUGAAGUGGGUGCUCGGGGCCAGCCCGGUGCCACCGGUGCCCCAGGGCAGAUCGGUGAGCCUGGACCUCGCGGCGAGCAGGGGCCACCGGGUGUGCCCGGGGUGAAGGGUGACCGGGGAGAACGUGGCCCCGUGGGUCCCGCCGGUGAUCAGGGGAACGCGGGGCCAAAGGGCGAGCAGGGUCCGCCGGGGAUCCCAGGGCCCCAAGGCUUGCCAGGAGUCAAAGGAGACAAGGGCUCCCCAGGGAAAACCGGCCUGAAAGGCAGCACUGGAGAUCCUGGUGUUCAUGGACUUGCAGGGCUGAAGGGAGAGAAGGGUGAAUCAGGAGAGCCAGGACCGAAGGGACAGGUGAGUGAUGGGGACUCAGGACCAACCUGUACCUUCAUACUGGGCGGCUCUGUGGGACCCUCAGUGGAGGAGAUCCUCCUGAUGAAGGCAGCAGUGAUCCACGGAGCUGGCGCGUGCUGCUCACUGGUGGCCUGA